GCGACUGGAAAAGUUCAAACGGCAACUGAAAUCAAAGAAAUCAAAAACCGCAAAGAAAUUUUUGGAAUAACAAAUUGUAAAGAAAAGCUGUCAGUGUGUGUGCUUGUGUGUCAGUGCCUAAAGUAGGGAAACCUUGAAAAUUGUGAGGAAAACGGAAAAUCUAAUUGAAUUUGAAUACUAAAGAAUAUAUUUGUGAAUAAGAAUCAAGUGUUUCGAGUAUUUGAAAUAAAAGGAAACACCAUUUGAAAGUGCAUAUAUGCAAGUGAAUAAUACAUACAUAUAUACAUAGCAACAACAACUUGCUUAGUCCGCCUUGAUGAUCACAAAUUUCAAUUGAAUUUAAUCAAAAUCACAAGAAAAAGCCAGCCUCACACAAAAAAACGAGAGAAAUCGUAAAAAGCAAAAUAAACUAGGGAUUUAAUUUUGAGUGUCUCGCAAUGUGUUAGUCCGGGUGUGUGUCCCUCUCUCUCUCUCUUUCUCUGGGUGUGUUUGUGUGUGACCGAGAAACUUAGAUCGGUGACAAUUUUCCCCUAACCAUUGAAACGAACUUCAAAACAAAUACCCGUGUGUAUUAGUGGCGGGGAAAAUGGGGAAAAUGGUCAACGAGGAAAUGGCCACGGAGCCCAUAAAAACGGAAAAGGUCGAACUGUCGCGAUUCGGAGAAUUUUGCCAGCGACAUGGCAUCAAUCCCAACCUGAUAAUGCUGAAAAUAACCCUUUUCGUGAUGUAUGGAGCCACCUCCUCCCUCCUGCCCUAUCUGACGAUCCACAUGCAGUCGAUUGGCCUCACGGUGGAGGAGAUUGCAAUUAUCUACCUGGCCCUGCCUUUCACCACAUUUCUUAGCCCGCCCAUCACAGGUUUCCUCGUUGACAAAUUUGGCAAAUACAAACCGGUCGUUGUGAUGAGUCUACUGCUGAAUGCGAUUUUCCAUCACUCGCUGCUCUUUAUACCGCAGCAGGAGAUUCCGGGAGUGGUGCCAUCGGCAUUCGUACUGAGACAUGCAGACAGCGGCGAUAUCGAGGUCUGGUGGUCUCCAUGUCCAAGCCGGGAAUGUCCAGAGGAGCCGGAGCUGGAAUUGGCCGUGCAUCAGUGCGUCGACUAUUGUUUGAUGCAGGAGCAAGUUAAUCCUCAGCUCUACACGAACACCCCGGCAUACGAUGUCCGUCCGGCCAGCACCCAGAGAUCUCAGCUAACGACGACCACAGCGAGUACGACCACCGCCAGUGGAGGAGCGGUGGCCACAAUGGAACCCUUCGACGAGUCGAGUUCAAUGCAGCCCCCGCUGACCACAUCGACCACCUCAUCGCCGGCGUCAUCAUUGCCAGCGCUAUUCGCAACGCAAACGAGGAGCAGAUACCAAGAAGUACUUAAUAUGCCAUCGACCAUGUUCCCGCCAAUGUCCCAGCUGAAGGAUCCGGGGAUGGGCCAGGAGAUAGCAUCGUCAGCCGAACUGUCCGCCAUGUCCAUGCAGGGAUUGAAUUUGACAGACAGCAACAGCAGUAGCAGUUGGGUGCAUUCCGAUAAUGAUGACGCCACCUACUUCAUGCUGCAAAUGCAUCCGGAUCUCGCCGAUCCCACUGAGCAAUUGGGCAUGGAAAUUGAACAGGAUGCCAAUGAGACGGUGACCGACAUCCGGCAGAGAUUCGGUGAAGACUCCCUGAUCAGGGCCAAUAUCAACCUCACUGACUUGGACGAACUCGAUCUGAGAUGCGGUGGCCUGGUGCGACGCACGAAUAUCUCUAAUUUGGGUUCGACAGCUGCGAAAUGCAUGAUCCAAAGGUGCACCUUCACGAUGAAUGCUCCUGAGAUUUGUCCACCGGACUACAAGGAGACCGAUGAGAUAAUUUUCUGGGUUUACUUCUUGCUGAGAUUUUUGGCCACCACGAUGCUGUCAGCUGGAGUCACCAUCAUGGAUCCGAUUGCCCUGACAAUGAUUGAGAAGUAUGGUGGGGAUUUCGGUCGCGAGCGUUUGUUCUCCAGCAUCGGCAUGGCCAUAUUCUCACCGAUAACCGGCAUUAUGAUUGAUUACUCCUCGCGGGGACUGGGUUAUACGGAUUACUCGGCAGCCUUUUACACGUACGAUGUCCUGCUGGUGAUAUCCACAAUGUCGGUGCUGAUGAUGCCACUUGGUGAGAAACUGCCGGCGGACAAUGUGUUCAGAGAUCUGUGGAAUUUGUUGAAAAUGCCACAUGUUAUUGCCUUUAUAAUAUUCCUGUUUGUCCUGGGCAAUUUCUGGGGCUUCAUUGAGAGCUUCCUGUUCCUGUAUCUCAAGGAGCUGGGAGCUCCUAACUAUUUACUGGGAAUCACCAUUACCGUGGGCACGGUGAGCAGUAUUCCGUUCCUUUAUGGGGCGGAGAAAAUCACACGGAUCUUUGGGCACGUUAAUUUGAUUAUCAUCGCGUUCUUCUCGCACGCCGGCCGCCUGGUGGGCUACUCCUUCAUCGAGAAUGCCUGGUGGUGUUUUCCGUUCGAGGCCAUGGAGUCGUUAUCCUGCCAUCUGAUGUGGGUGGCGGCGGCGACCUACUGCUCGAUACUGGCCCCAAAAAGUCUGCUGGCCACCCUGAUUGGUGUCCUGGGCAUGGCCCAUUUCAGUUUGGGACGAGGCAGUGGUAGUUUUACUGGAGGACUCCUUAUUGGUCAGUUCGGCACUCGAGAUGCCUUCCGCUACAUGGGUCUGCUGGCCGUGGUCGGUGGUAUUGCCUACGGGCUCCUUCAUCUGAUUUGGCUGCGCAAAUUCGAUCACACUACGGAGGAGUCCGAGGAGGAGGUGGAGGCCGUCGAGGCCGGCGAAACGGAGAAGCUCACGGAGCCUGCCACGAAGGAGCAGGGCACUUCCAUGUCCUUGGAGCGACUCAGUCUGAUGAUUAAGUACAAUCAGAUUGGCAGUUUGUCCUCGCUGCCCAGGGGAUCGCGGGCCGAUAUCCACGACCAUCUGUCGGUGCGUCGCAGCAGCUAUAAUGUGGAGUCCUUGCGGGGAGUGCCCCGCCAUGGCAACAUCGGCAGCGCCUCGAAAGUUGAUAUCCUGCGCUCGGCGCUGGAGAUUAAUCACAAGUCCUCGAACAAUUCGAUGCUGAGCAAGGCCGAUAACAAGACGUCGAAUCAAUCACUGGGUCGCAAUCGGGCCGACAGUGCCCCGAAAUUGAAUCACAGCAAUCUGAAGAACAUCUCCCAGCCAGCCCUGGAGGGCGUCGUCCUGGAGGGCGUGGAAUCAACAUUUUUUCCCAGCCGCAUGAAAAAGUAUCCAAGUGGUUUGUUAACUUCAAUACCCGCUGUGGAUUUAUCCGUAAUACCCAGCUCCAUGUUAAUGGAUCAGGAGGGUCGCAAGGUCAUUCCUGAGGAGACGGAGCUGCAUACCUCAAAGACCACCGUGAAUUCGGGGGAGGAAAAAACAGAGCAGCCUCAGCAGCAACCACAAUCGAAUGGAAAUGGGAAAAGUCCGACACAGCCGCAGCAGCAGCAGCAGCAGCAGCAGGAAGAUGAAAAAUCGGACGCCACUUGAGGGGCGGCUGCCAGUCCAAUUCUCUGACCAGCCCCACCCGGCGUAUGAGUGAUAUUAAUAAACCAAAACCGAAGCGAGAGAAGGAGGAGAACAAAAAAAGCAAACAAAAAGCAAAUGAUAAAUGAAAACUAUUGUUUAGUUGUACAUGUGUGUGUUAUGUUAUAUAAAUGUAUAUGUCUAUGUAUAAAUUAUGCAAAAACGGGAAACAAACUGAAUAAACCGAAAUUGUUGAAAACGAAAAA